AUGGAACAAAACCCAUCAACCACCUUCCCCAUGGAGAGAAGCUGCAAAAUCCUAAGGAGAUCAAUCCACCAUUUCCUCAAAAACUACCACUACUUCACCACAGCCUCUCUCCUCCUUGCCUUCCCUUUCUCAGCAGCCCUUCUCAUCUCACAAUCCCUCCUCCCCUCCUCCCCUCUCCUCUUCACAUUCCACAACCACCUCAAUUCCCUCUUUGAAGCUGCUGGUUUUCCCCCCUCAUCACAACUCUUCACCAUUCUCAACCAUUACACCUCCCAAACCAUCACUUCUUCCAUCCUUAUCCUUCCCUUCACCCUCUCUUUCCUUCUCAUUUCCAAGGCAUCCGUAAUCCACUUUCUCAUUGAUCAACAACAAAAGCCUUCUUUUUCCUCUUUUCUAUCCAUUUACAACUCGAUUCUUUCGACCCAAAUUUGCAACUCAUUUCUGAUGCUCUCCGCGAAUGCAACUUGUUUCUCCCUCUUCUUUGUUGCCUUCAGUUGUCUAGAAGCUUCCGGAUACUCCUCCACUGCAUGCCUCCUCGUCCUCUCUGCCGCCGGAGCCAUUCUGUACUCCAUAAUUCUUGCGAAUACGUUCGUGGUUUGCAAUUUAGCAUUGGUUGCAUCCGGAAUGGACAAAAGCGGCGGCUUUUUAUCUAUUCCCAACGCAUGUGUUUUGAUAAGGGGAAGGACCGCGACAGCAGUGGCGCUAGCGAUUUCAGUCAAUAUGUCUCUGGCAGCAGCAGAAGCUUUGUUUCAAUACCGGGUGGUGAGAGCUUUUCACACCGCCACAUCUUCCACUGCUCUCGAAGGCAUUUUAAUCGCUUAUAUGUAUUCGAUCAUCGUAGUGAUCGAUACUAUCGUAAAUUGUGAAUUCUUCAAGAGCUGCAAAAGAGGUUUUCGGAUGGACGAGGAGGGAGGAUAUGCUUACGGGAUUCCAGUUGAAGGGAAAAAUGGGAAGGCUAUGGAUCGAGCUCCCUUGAGUUCUAAAGUUGCAGAUAUAUAA